CAAAACAUAAAUCAGUAAAACACUGAUAAAUCAUUUUAUUUUGACCACUCAAAGUUCAUGCAAACGAAAUGUUACAUAAGCAAGUUUCUGGAUUGUCUAUGUAAGUGUUUUUUUUCUUUUAUUUCUUCCGGGAGCUGACCUUGGCUUUUCCAAUACAGGAGGGGUAGUAGUCAAACACGAGCUGUCAGUCAGCAGCAUUAAAACUCCACUGUUUCCGGAGUGAACUUGAAUUUGUUUCACAGAUGCACUGCAACACACACUUCUGAGAAAGGAUUUACAACUCCAGGUUUUGUUGGAUCUGCAUGCAUCUGCUGCUUUAAUAUAGAACAAGACAGAAGACCUUGAAUGACCUACAAUGCUUGGGCUUUUACUGCUGUGCCUUCCAAUGGAGCUUUUACAGGUGUCUGGGGAGAGUGUGGUGGAACAGACUGUCGCCCGAUGGAAGGAGUAUGAGCUUGAAUGCUGGGCUAAGAUGAUGAGCGACCCACACCCCGACACAGAUGUGUUCUGCAACCGGACAUUUGACAACUACGCCUGCUGGCCAGAUUCUCUUGUGGGAUCUGUGAUGCGUGUGCCCUGUCCUCCGUACCUGCCCUGGUAUGAAAGAGUGCAGUCUGGCCAUGUGUACCGGAGGUGCAUGGAGAAUGGGAGCUGGCUGCUCCUGGAGAACUCCUCCCUGCCCUGGAGAGACUUUACCGAGUGUCUGGAGGACUCCUCUGUGCAGCACGAGAUGGAGUCACAGAAAGAGUUCCUGGGAAAUGUUAAAGCCAUGUACACAGCGGGCUACUCCUUGUCUAUAGCAUCGCUAAGCUUCUCAGCAGGUAUCUUCGUUUCCUUCAGGAGUCUACACUGCAUGAGGAACUCCAUUCAUCUCAAUCUAUUUGUGGCGCUCAUGCUGCGGGCCGUCUCUGUUUUAGUAAAAGACGGUCUUCUGCACCAGAGAUACAACCCCCCGUACAACAGCGCCAUGGACUGGGAAGCCUUCACUUCAGAUCAGACAGCAGCAGGGUGCCGUGUGGCGCAGGUCCUGAUGCAGUACUGCAUUGGGGCCAGUUACUACUGGCUGCUGGUGGAAGGCCUUUACUUGCAGGCCAUCCUCUCCCUCUCCUCAUGGGCUGAAAACAGAUAUUUCAGAUACCACAUCAUACUCGGCUGGGGGGCACCCUUUCUUUCCCUAGCACCCUGGGUCCUUGUGAAAUACUUGCAUGAAAAUGAAGAGUGCUGGAGCCAGAAUAUAAGUAUGAGGAUCUGGUGGAUAAUCAGAGCCCCUGCCAUGGCUGCUGUCCUGAUAAAUGGCGUGAUUUUUAUCCAUGCAAUUGUCUUGCUGCUCUUGCAAUUUAAUGCAAACAAGCUGACGUACACGGACACCAAAUACAGACUGGCCAAGUCCACGCUUACCCUAAUCCCCCUGCUUGGUGUUCAUGAGAUUUUGUUCGUGUUUGUCACGGAUGAGACAGCUGUUGGUCUUCUUCGCAACGUCAAACUGACCUUUGAACUGCUGCUCAGCUCCUUCCAGGGCUUCAUUGUGGCUGUUCUUUACUGCUUUGCAAACCAUGAGGUCCAGUCUGAACUGAAGAAGCUUUGUGGGGUACUCUGCAGGAAGCCUGGCACGUCACACUCUGGAUCUGUGGUCAGCUUCCUCAGCGACUCCCGAUAUGACACUGAACCCCUGAAUGGGGACCUCCAGGCGACCGGCAGAGAUGGGCAGGCCUGUAUCAAACAGACUGCCAUUUACCCCUGAAACCCACUGGAAAACCAAGGCAGAGGGUGCAGGACCCAGCUGACAGCACACAUUCUCAGGUGUGAUGCAGCUGAAAUACUGUAGAGCACAUAUAUUUUACUGGGUCUGGAGAAACAAAUAAUAUCUUGUAGACCAUCCUCUGAAAGUUUGUGUGUGUGUUUAUAUAUCUAUAUCAUUUUGCUUCCCAGAGCCUGCACACCGAGGGACAAACAAUCCUUUAGAUAUAUUUUAGUGUAUUAUUUUAUAUAUGUAUUACAUUCCAACUAUUACAUGAAAAAACAUUAAGUACAAGAUUCUGCAAAGUAUGUAAAGUCAAGUCUGUCAGAUAUUAUAUUAACUGUGUUAUUAUGUAAAUAUGUGAAUACUCAAAAAACUAUCACAAGAGAUCUUUAUUGUGUUUUUGUGAUUAUAAUUUCAGUUUUAAGGGCAAAUAUUACAUUGAGCAGUUAUUUGUUAAACUUAGUGUAAUAAAUGUAACUAUUUUAGCAUUAUGUAUUACCGACCAUGUCAGGUAUUUAAGGACAAUUGUCUCAAUACUAAUAUUAUACUGUAUAUCACUAUUUCAUAUUACUCUAAUGUUUCCUGGAUCAAGUACAUUAAAUAGCACAGGUGGGUUAUUUAUCAAUGAGAUUUCACCUUUUUCAUUUCAUCGGUCCUUAGGGGUAGUACUGAUUUAUAAACACAAGGAGGCAUCAUCGCACCACAGAACACGACUGAAUAAUGCAUGUUAUUGAACUCAGUAUGCUCCUCUGGUUUGCUUGAGUGACAUCAACAUUCAUCAUUUUUCCACAUUAUAUAUUUAUAAUGUACAAAUUCAUAUUUCACCUUGUUUUUCCUGUGGAAAUUAGAAAAAAAUGUCCCUCUGGUUUCCAAUUUGAAAUGUAGUGCAUUUAACAUUGAGUAAAGCACCAUUAAGAAGCAGUGUCAGGUGGUAAUAGCACUUUGUAUGCCUGUGAAGAAAUUAAUUUGAGAACUUUUAGCUGAAAGAAGCAACCAAAUGAGGCCCUUAAUGUUCCGGAGAUGUCAGCUUUGCUUUCCAUCAGGUUUAAAGUGGCGGAAAAGCUCCACUUGGAUGGCCUGAAAUCACCAGCUUGUUAUUAAAUGUCAAACUCCAGUCUGCUGUGAAUCUCAUUUUUGUUGUUGUUAAACUUCUAGGCAAUAUAUGAGGCGGUUACACAGAGGUAGUGUCUGAAUUAGCAUACUAAGAGACCAGUAAGUGUAACGAGCUGCAGCGUUAUAGCAUCUAAUGAAAGUUUUAUUCAGGCAGAAGCAGAUGAAAGGUUUUAUAUGGUGUUUCAGUUUUUAAUGCAAGUGCAGCCAUGGCACUACAGUGGUGGCUAUGCAAUGAUUCUGUACUUGGGGGCAAUGGUAGCACAGGGGUACAAUGGUAAAGUCAUUGGUAGAAUACUAACGCAUUGCUAACAAGUUCCUACAAACGAAGCAAUACAUACUUGUAAGCCUGUGAAGUAGCAUGAUGUUUGUACCAGUUACAUGUGCUACUACAGCAGAACUGUCCCUUUUCACCUGCUCCUCUGUUUAGUUCAGCUUGUUAUUUCUAAUGCAUCUUCUUAACAUCUGAAUAGAGAUGCCUUCUCCUCCACAUUGGGACGCAGGUGGUCAAGCCCACCAAUGCUGGAUAGAGCAUAAAAUAAAUAUUUAACAAUGUGUCUGUCACAGGUCCUACAGUCUGUAAAGCAAAUGUGAUUUGUGUUCUGGAAAGAGACUCGCAAGCAGCUAAAAGUCAAGGGAGCAACAUUGAGGAGAGGACUGUUUUGGAAAUGAUGCCAGAGGAUCUUCUAAAGAACAAGCACAGUUACAUUGAUUUUAAAACCAAUUUUCUUUCCCUUAUAAAAGUUUACUAUGCUAUUUCUGAAUGGUAUUUUUUCACUUUUCCCAUGCUUUUCCUAUACUUUUCUCGUGGUUAUAAUAUGUUAUAAUAUCAUCUCUCCCUACACCCCCACUCGAUCUCUCCGCUCCGCCUGCACUAGAAGACUGGCUCUACCUCCGCUACGCUCCCCUGCCUCCCGAGCCCGCUCCUUCUCCACCCUUGCUCCGCAGUGGUGGAACGACCUUCCUACAGAUGUCAGGACUGCCCAGUCCCUGACCACAUUCCGGCGCCUCCUUAAGACUCACCUCUUCAAACAGCACCUGUAGAACUCCUCUGUUGUAUCCUGGGACACUAUCACCCUUCAUUUAAAUAUGCUUUAUUUUGCUCUUAUCUGCCCCCUAUUUUACUGCAUUUAAUCCUGUACCUCAGAAUAUUGUAAUCUCCCAAGUGUUUAAUCUGUAGUAUUUUGUACUUAAUCAUAUCCUGAUGUAACUAUCACUACUUAAUCAUAUCCUGAUGUAACUUUCACUAUUAUCUGCUGUAUUAUUGAAUUGUGGUUUGUCACACUUGAGAAUUAUUGUAUUUCUUGUUCUUAUUGUAUGACUUAUAUUGUAACACUUGAAUGUAUUUGUAUUUGCUUGCGAUUGUAAGUCGCCCUGGAUAAGGGCGUCUGCUAAGAAAUAAAUAAUAAUAAUAAUAAUAAUGCAUUUACCA